AUGUUCAGAUCAGCCUUUAAGACAUCGACCCGUCUGCUCUCUAACUCGGUCACGCUCCGGAAUGCGGUCUCUCAGAGCAAAGUGGCGGACUUGACUCCAUUGAAAUUUGACUCCAACGCAUGUUCAGAGUUAUACGCCGUUUGCAAGAUCCACAAUAUUCCUUACAUGGUCACCAAGGGCGACAAGUUGGUGUUACCUUACAAAAUCAGAAACCACAAGGUCGGUGAUGUGUUGAAGUUGAACAGGGUUACUACUAUUGGCUCCCGAAACUUCACAUACAAUGAUGACAAUGGCAUUCCUGAAUCGGCCUAUGAAUUGACAGCCACCUUGGCAGAAAUCACCCGUGAGCCCAAAUAUCAGGUGUUUAAGAAGAAGCAGAGAUGUAGAAGAUUGAAAACUGUCGAUGUGGAGCCCUUCCAGACACACUUGGUGAUCAAUGAGUUGAAGUUGACCUAG